UUAAAGGGCUAACCUUCUGAAGCCUGUGCUCACUCUGCACAAACGGAAGUAGUAUUUUCCUUCCGGCUCUCGCGCGAACUGCGCCUCCAACAACGGGAAUAUCAAGCCGCGUUUUAUUCGCCAUCAGGAAACGGUUUAAUGUUUAAACAUUUAUCACCCAGCCAUGAGUGCUCUGUUUACCUGUGAGGACCCAACCCUAUGGAGAAGACUGUAUGAUAAAUACUGGGAGGUCAUGGAGGCCAAGGCCAAGGCCAAGAAGUCUGAAAAACUAUUGAAACUGGACAAAUGGUAUCAAGAGGAGCUACCUGUAGCCAUCACUAAUCGACCUGAAAAGUAUAUCACUCUACCAGAACUGGUGAAGCUGAUGGAGUGGAAACUUACAAGAGGGAAGUUCCGGCCGCGGCUCCAGCAGCUAGUGGCUUCCAACAGCGAGGAGACUGUGGAGAAAUGUUCCAAAAAGGCCUUCAGCUUCCUACCGGAUAUGCGGGCGGCCAUCGCAGAGCUCAGCUCCCUCAAAGCCCUGGGCCCAGCCACGGCCUCAGCUGUUUUGGCAGCAGGAGCCCCACAGCAGGCUGCGUUCAUGUCGGACGAGGCUGUGGAGAGUGUCCCUGGACUGAAGCCCAUCCAGUACACAGCCAAGCAUUACACCCUGUAUCUGGAUAAGGUGGUGGAGCGCACUGAAACCCUUAACAAAGCGGGCAGCCAGCAGGAUUGGACACCCCACAGGGUGGAGCUAUGUUUGUGGACGUGGGCAGUAGCCAAUCAGCUUCAACUGCCGCUCCUAAAGGGCAUUGAUGUAAAAGGCAGCGCUGGGAAAGAUGAGCCCUCCGACUCUGACACACAUCAGAGACCAAUGAAGAGGAGGACCAAAUAAAAUGACUUCCAGAUCUUAAUUUGUACCUGGCCAA